GUUUUGUUAGGAUCCCCAUAUCUUCCCACUCUUUAUUUGAGGUGAAAAAAAUCAGGAAUGCAUGUUGGAACCCGCAAGUCUGGACGUUGUGGGCGGCGAAAGUUGUGGGAGGUGAUAGUUAAAAUCGGGUUUCACUGCAACCAGGAUUACUGAUUUUCUGCAGGUUCCCGAAGCUGAAGAGAUUCUCCCUGCUGCACAGCAGAAAUGGCUUUGGAAGGUAAAAACGCGGUGGUGACCGGAGCGGCCGUGGGCAUAGGAAGAGCUGUGGUGGAGAUCCUCCUGCAAAACGGAGCCAAGGUGGCCCUCUGGGAUAUAAAUGAGGCUGCAGGAGAGAGUGCAGCGGAGUCCUUGAAAAAGCAGUAUGGAGCAGGGAAAACUUUGUUCCUGAAGUGUGAUGUUGAAUCAGAGGAGCAGAUCAAAGCUGCUUUUCAGAAAACCAAAGAAACCUUCGGGGGAAUCGACAUCUUAUGCAACAACGCCGGGAUACUGAACGAAACCAAAUGGGAGAAAACUGUCUCCAUUAACCUUGUCAGUGUCAUUAGGGGUACGUAUAUCGCUUUGGAGCACAUGAACAAGCUGAGCGGAGGAAAAGGAGGAGUUAUCAUCAACACAGCCUCUCUGGCAGGUAUUGGUCCAUUCCUGAGCUGUCCCACCUACACAGCCACCAAGUUUGGCGUGGUGGGAUUCACCCGAGCCAUGGCUGCUGCUUCUGAUGCUUCAGGAUAUGGUACACGCUUUAAUGCCGUGUGUCCCGGUUUCGUGAAAACAGAACUGAUGACCAACAUCCCAGUCAGGUUAGGCCAAUUCUCAAACCUGGCUGAUGCGACACGCAACUUAAUUCAAGUGAUGGGGACUUUAACUGUGUCUGACGUGGCUGAAGCCAUCCUGGAGCUGCUGACAGAUGAGACAAAAAAUGGAGAGGCCCUUUUGGUUUUACCAGAAGGAAAGAAAUACAUACAGUUUCCAUCAUUCUCCUCAACACAGUAAACAGCUGCAACAUCCCAUAAUAGUAAUAACGGUCCACCCUUAGACUGAAUCCAGCUGACAAAAUUAUAAUCACUUGUAUGGGCUGAAAUGUGUAAGAACCAGCUCCUUCUUUUGUUCUUAUGGUGUUUCUGUAAUUUACUUUUUCUCUUAUUUCUGUUAAUUUUCUAUUUCUACCUUCACCACUAGAUGUCAGUAAAUCAUACAUACUGCACCUUUAAACGAAUUGAGAUAAGCCUAUGUAGGAGAUCUGUGAAUGCCCUUUGAAUCAGUGUUUUUAUUUUUUUUUCAAAUGUAAAAAUAAAUAAACAGAAAGGAAUAAAACAUA